GUACGAUAUCAUGAUGGAAUGCUGGAAGACUGACCCUUCACAGAGGCCAGACUUCGAAGGUUUACGGUCACUAAUGUACAACAUGAUCAAGGACGAAGAACAGGAAUAUGUCAACUUGGAGGGGCUGUUUUAUGAAAAUGUGCUACCAACCAGUCUUUCUGGGGAGUGAUCAGCAUAAAAAUUGAGCUAAAUCUAACGAAAGUAAUACAGACAUAGUUAUUGGGCGUAUGUUACUACUUUAACCGUUGGGAUAAGUUUAAACGAUUUACCGGAAAUAGUCUUCACCACUUCUCACUGAAUUUCAGAUGUAGUUCUAAGAAGUAUACCAGAGGCUGCAGACGGUAAUUUUAUACCCAAAAAUAUAUAUGUCCAUUCUGAAAAGGAAACGGCGUGAACAAAAAUGAUCAUGUUCUUAAAAUCAAUAAAGACUAAGUUGUAAACUGCUAGCUCUAAAAAUAAACUUGGCACACAACUCUUAA